AUGCGGCCAGCUCUCGCUUGGGCGGUGAUCCAUACAUGUGUCUGGCUGUCUGAGGGCACUGGGUCAGGAAGCAAGCCUGCUGAAACACAGCAUGGCCAGGUGGCAACAUUUGUUGAGCCAGAUGCCUGCGCGGCAUCGGCCUGUUGUAGCUCCUUCGUGCACAGGGCUGAGGACCAACAAGCGCUCUCCACAAGUGGGGCUUGGUACUUCUCCCACAGUGGCAGCGAAGAGUCGGUGAGUGCGAUCGUGCCAGGGGACAUGGUUCUGGCCUCUACACCAGCCGUUGUGCACGGCUGGUGCAUGAAAUGGAAGGAUACGGAUAGUGGCACAAAGCCCUACUUGGAUCAGAGUUUGGAACGGACCUGUGCCCGUGGGACGGCAUUCAUGCUGAGUGAACCAGGUGCACAUUUGUACGAGAAAUUCUGGACCGGCCCUGCACAACCGCUUGCCGACCCACAGAGCUUAACCUUGACAACUUCAUCCGGCCAGAUUCUGAAGGCGACUGUACUGGUGCCAAAGCUGCCUUUGACAGCUGAGGCUCCACAGUACUUCUCUGCAAUUUGGUUUCAAGCCUGCGAAGAGCAAGAGCUUGGCACGAUGAACAGCUAG